GCCCGGGCCGCGGCGGCCGCUCACGUGGCGACUGAGCUGUCAGGGCGUCUGGGACGCGGCGGCGCGCAGGACCAGCCGGGGUUCCCCCCAGCCCAACCGGGCGCUGCUCGCCGGGCUACCGCGGCCUGGACGUUCAUUCCGCACGGCAUUCUAAAAUAAAUCCAUCAGAAUGACACCUUCUCAGGUUACCUUUGAAAUACGAGGAACUCUCUUACCAGGAGAAAGUUUUGCAAUAUGUGGAAGCUGUGAUGCCUUGGGAAAUUGGAAUCCUCAAAAUGCUGUUACUCUUCUUCCAGAGAAUGAGACUGGUGAAAGCAUGUUAUGGAAAGCAACCAUUGUACUUAGUAGAGGAGUGUCUGUUGAGUAUCGCUACUUCAGAGGGUGCUUUUUAGAACCAAAGACUAUCGGUGGUCCAUGUCAAGUCAUAGUUCACAAGUGGGAGACUCAUCUACAACCACGAUCAAUAACCCCUUUAGAAAAUGAAAUUAUUAUUGAUGAUGGACAAUUUGGAAUUCACAAUGGUGUUGAAACUCUGGAUUCUGGGUGGCUGACAUGUCAAACUGAAAUAAGAUUACGUUUGCAUUAUUCUGAGAAACCUCCUGUCUCAAUAACAAAGAAAAAUUGGAAAAAAUCUAGAUUUAGAGUAAAGUUGACUUUAGAAGGUCUGGAGGAAGAUGAUGAUGAUAGUGUAUCUCCCACUAUUCUUCACAAAAUGUCCAAUACCUUGGAGAUAUCCUUAAUAAGUGACAAUGAAUUCAAGUGCAGGCAUUCACAGCCAGAGUGUGGAUAUGGUUUACAACCUGAUCGCUGGACAGAGUAUAGCAUACAAACCAUGGAACCAGACAACUUGGAGCUGAUAUUUGAUUUUUUUGAGGAAGACCUCAGUGAACAUGUAGUUCAGGGUGAUGCCUUUCCUGGCCAUGUGGGUGCAGCAUGCCUCUUAUCAUCCACCAUUGCUGAGAGUGGGAAGAGUGCUGGCAUCCUUACUCUUCCCAUUAUGAGUAGAAAUUCUAGAAAAACAAUAGGCAAAGUGAGAGUUGACUAUAUAAUCAUUAAGCCAUUGCCUGGAUAUAGCUGUGAUAUGAAGUCUACAUUUUCCAAGUAUUGGAAGCCAAGAACACCAUUGGAUGUUGGACAUCGAGGUGCAGGGAAUUCUACAACAACUGCCCAGCUAGCUAAAGUUCAAGAAAAUACUAUUGCUUCUUUAAGAAAUGCUGCUAGUCAUGGUGCAGCUUUUGUAGAAUUUGACGUACAUCUUUCAAAAGAUUUUGUGCCUGUGGUAUAUCAUGAUCUCACCUGUUGUUUGACAAUGAAAAAGAAAUUUGAGGCUGAUCCAGUUGAAUUAUUUGAAAUUCCAGUGAAGGAAUUAACAUUUGACCAACUUCAGUUGUUAAAGCUCACUCAUGUGACUGCACUAAAAUCUAAAGACCUGAAAGAAUCUGUGAUUGGAGAAGAAAAUCCCUUAUCUGAGAAUCAGCCAUUUCCUUCUCUUAAGAUGGUUUUAGAGUCUUUGCCGGAAGAUGUAGGGUUUAACAUAGAAAUAAAAUGGAUCUGCCAACAAAGGGAUGGAAUGUGGGAUGGGAAUUUAUCAACAUACUUUGACAUGAAUCUGUUUUUGGAUAUAAUCUUAAAAACUGUCUUAGAAAAUUCUGGCAAGAGGAGAAUAGUGUUUUCUUCAUUUGAUGCAGAUAUUUGCACAAUGGUUCGACAGAAGCAGAACAAAUAUCCUAUAUUAUUUUUGACUCAAGGAAAAUCUGAUAUUUACCCUGAACUUAUGGACCUCAGAUGCCGGACAACCCCCAUUGCAAUGAGUUUUGCACAGUUUGAGAAUCUAUUGGGCAUAAAUGCACAUACUGAAGACCUGCUCAGGAACCCGUCCUAUAUUCAAGAUGCAAAAGCUAAGGGACUAGUCAUAUUCUGCUGGGGUGACGAUACCAACGAUCCUGAGAACAGAAAGAAACUGAAGGAAUAUGGAGUCAAUGGUCUAAUUUAUGAUAGGAUAUAUGAUUGGAUGCCUGAACAGCCAAAUAUAUUUCAAGUGGAGCAGUUGGAACGCCUGAAGCAAGAAUUACCAGAACUUAAGAGCUGUUUGUGUCCCACUGUUAGCCGCUUUGUCCCCUCGUCCUUGUGUGGGGACCCCAAUAUUCAUGUGGAUGCCAAUGGCAUUGAUAAUGUGGAGAGUACUUAGCUUUGAGUUUUUUUGAUCAGGGUCCAUGUGGUGGCAUGUGUCACUGUUCUGGGUAUUCUCUCCUCAUCCUUUAGCAUUUUAUUUAUGCCUUUAGGUCUCUCAGUCCAAUGAAGCAAUAAUGAAGUAUUUCACUACAGUUUUUGUCAAGAAUUUCAAGUAUACUAUAUAAAUCACUUGGCCAGGUAUAAUUACUAGUCAUACUCUUUACAUAUGAGAAAAUGUAUUGAUUGGUAAAUAUUUUAAAUUAAAUAUGUAAGCAUAUAAUGUUAACAAGUGUUCAUUCAAACCAUAGCAUUUUUGAAAUUAACUAUGUAAAUAUCUUAUAUUUACACUUACUGCAGUUCUUUAUUUGAUCAGGUCUGAAAUAUUUAGCACUUGAGAAACAUGACUAUGCAUAAUUAUACCUGACCAUGGGAAAAAAAUAAGUACCUCAAAUGCAUGCAUUUGCACUGGUGAUUCCAACUGCACAAAUGUUUGUGCCAUCUGUGUAUAUAAUGUAUUUUUUACAUGGAUUGACAUGCACGUAUACCAUUUUUAUUCAGUAUGAACCUUAAGGCUGCUGCCAUUUUUCCACUUAACCAAACCAAUGCCUGUGUAAACAGCCUAGAGGUCAUCCUUGAAAAUUUAUUUCAUACAUCUUUCAAGGUUUUUUGCAUAAAUAUUAAAAUUCAAAAUGCUGCAGGGUAAUUUAAUGUAUAAAACAUUAGAAGUGUGUAUUCCAUAUUUAGUAGAGUAGAUCAUAAUGUAUAAAUUCUGUUAAAUGCAUGCUUUAGAUUUUAAGCAUGAGAUUGUACAUGUUUACUGUAAGUCCUUGCAUCUGUGGUGCUAGGUGAAUGUUGAGGAGGGUGUUAAGGACUGCACAUAUUUUGUUGCCUAAAAAAAUGGCCUUUUGUAGACAUUUUAAAUAUGCUUAUUUUAAGUGUCUCUCACUACCUAUUACACACCUUGCUUUGUGGGUUUGUUUUAUAUGUGUGCGUGUGUUGUGUAGUAGUUAAAUAUUCAUGCAGAAAAAUAAAUGUCCUAAAUUCUCA